AUGAGCAGUCACGCGCUCUCGUCUGGGUCGGCGCCGAACGUGAGCUCGGCCACCACCGGCACUGUGGCGCAGCAGGCUGACAGCCUCACCCGCAACUUGCUCUUGGGUAUUCCGAAAGAGGGGCUCUCGCCGGACAGCCCCGAGGCGGCGGACCUGCAGGCCGCCGAGGCCUUCGUCAGCGACAUUCAGCAGGAGAUCCUCGCCUACGACAUUGCCAACGCGAAGGCCAUCGAGUUGUACGCGGUGCGUUGGUGGAGCGCCGUGCCCUUCUUUGGCCGCCACGCGAAGCGCGCACUGGCGGCCGAGUCAACUGCGGCUGCCGCGGCAGCGGCAGGGGAGACCCACGAGAGCACAGAGGCUGCUGCUGCUGCUGUGGCGGUGGACGGCAGCGCGAACUCUUCGGAAGGGCACGGACUUCGCCUCUCCCCCGAGGAGGCCGCCGCUGCACUUCAGUCAGGCGGCGCCUACCUGCAUCGGCAGACGUCGCAAACACCACGUGGCUUCAAGGUGGAGCGGACAUCAGCACUAGACCCGGGGCAGCUGUCGCAGCUGGCUGGCGGUGCCAGCGGCGCAUCUGAGUCGAAGGCUGUACCUGUGCCGAAGGUGAACACGUGGCUCUUCCGUCGGCAGCAUCCGAGCUGGGUGCCGCUGAUGCAGCGCUGGUGGGUGCCGUGGCUCUGCUGCGGCAGCAUCGUGCUGAUUUGGACCCCCGACGUGUGGAAGCUGCGCACACUGUACUUCUGCGAUCACCAGUACGCGCUCCUCCGGCAGUCGAUCCACAAGGCGUACUGGUGGGCGACGAUGAGACCGGAGGACUACGCGGAACACAUAGCCGCCAUCGCGGCGGAGCGGCCGUCGAGGGUGAGGGGUACGAGUUGCCCAUUCGAGUAG